GAUGAUUAAAACCCGUCAUUUUCGACGGCUGAAAUCGUUGUUUUAAAAACCACUCUUUGGCCAGCGCUUGUCUGGCGAGCUUUUGGCAUAUUUGCCUCUAGUCAAAACCAUCAAUGAGGAUAAUAAUGGCAUAAUUCCACUGUCACAUAUUCGCCUAAACACGACGAUGGAGCCUCGCCAGAAAAGUCGCUUUGAUCGUGACUGGUGACUGGUGACAGCUCCCUCUCCAAGCAGGAACCGCACACUCGGGUUGUUUUCCUCCUCUCUGCCCCGCAGACUCCGGAGGAAUGGUAUCAACUCAACGGGCAGCAGCUGCUAGAUUCACUUGUAAACGCUAGUACUCGGUGUCUAGUAGUUCUGUCAAAACGAUGAAUUUACUGCCGUCGAAUCCGCACGGGAACGGGCUCCUUUAUUCCGGAUUUAACCAGGAUCAUGGAUGCUUUGCCUGUGGAAUGGAAAAUGGAUUUCGUGUGUACAACACAGAUCCUCUCAAAGAGAAGGAGAAACAAGAGUUCCUGGAGGGUGGGGUCGGCCACGUGGAGAUGCUGUUCAGGUGUAACUAUCUAGCACUGGUGGGCGGAGGGAAGAAACCCAAGUAUCCAACUAACAAAGUGAUGAUCUGGGACGACCUGAAGAAGAAGACGGUUAUUGAGAUUGAGUUCUCAACAGAAGUCAAGGCAGUGAAGCUUCGACGCGACAGGAUUGUGGUGGUCCUGGACUCGAUGAUCAAAGUGUUCACCUUCACCCACAACCCCCAUCAGCUGCAUGUGUUUGAGACCUGCUACAACCCCAAAGGUCUGUGUGUGCUGUGUCCCAACAGUAACAACUCUCUGUUGGCCUUCCCCGGGACUCAUUCAGGCCAUGUGCAGAUAGUGGACCUGGCCAACACGGAGAAGCCCCCAGUCGACAUCCCCGCCCACGAGGGCUCGCUGUGCUGCAUCGCUCUCAACCUGCAGGGCACGAGGAUAGCUACUGCAUCGGAGAAAGGGACUCUCAUAAGGAUUUUCGACACAUCCGCAGGGCAGCUUAUACAGGAGCUGAGACGGGGCUCUCAGACAGCUAACAUUUACUGCAUUAAUUUCAACCAGGAUGCGUCCCUCAUCUGCGUGUCUAGUGACCAUGGCACGGUCCACAUCUUCGCGGCGGAGGAUCCCAAGAGGAACAAACAGUCGAGCUUGGCGUCGGCCAGCUUUCUUCCCAAAUACUUCAGCUCCAAGUGGAGCUUCUCCAAGUUCCAGGUCCCCUCAGGUUCUCCCUGUGUGUGUGCCUUUGGAACAGAGCCCAACGCUGUCAUAGCCAUUUGUGCUGACGGCAGCUACUACAAGUUCCUGUUCAACCAGAAGGGGGAGUGUUCCAGAGACGUCUACGCCCAGUUCCUGGAGAUGACGGAUGAUAAAAUAUGAUCUUUGAUCUCCAUCUGCGGACUUGCUACUACACGGCCUGUUUGCUCUUUUCUUUUGUCUUUCCCUCCCCCGCUUCUUUUAAAUUUUGGAGGAGACGGGCAAAAGGAUCCCUGUUGCACUUUUCCUCAUCUUGACAGACUCUGUGAAAGAGCGCGAGAUGACGGGAGGACAGUGAAAAAUAGAAGCACAGACUCUGGCGGAAGCCUGACAGUAAAGGUGGACAGAUGAAAAGCACCAACACGGAUGCAGACUUUAGUCUCACACACUCCUGAGGAUUAUCAGAGGGACACACACACACACACACACACACACGCCGACUUGACUCCCAAACCAAACUCGAGAGAAAAAUAAAAGGAAAGUUUAUUUUUUGGGGAAAGGACGACAUGCCGCUUUUUAAGACGUCUUUCGAGGAAUCGACAAAGGAUGGCUAUUUUUUAAUCACGCGGAUGAUUCUGAGAGUUAGACGGGAUUGAGAAUAAUGAGAUUUUUGUCAACUAACACCACCUAACUAUAGGGAGUGCCUCUGAGACUGGAGAGAAUCUGUAUGUGUGAACAUAUUAAUGUUGUCAUAUAUACACGUGUGUGUUUGUGUAUAUACACCAAUGUACCAUAUUAGGCGUUUGCAAUGCAGCAUCGGAACGCGGCGACUAUUCUUCUCCACCUCUGCCUUUUCAAGGUUCAGUGUAACAACCCGGAACAUCGGAGCAGACUGAUUCUGCCGCCAUGAGACGUCCUCGCUAGUAUUAUUAGAUUUUCUUAUAUUCACUGUAUAAACACAAUGCGCCAGACUGAACUUCUGACUACUUAGAAUUGUACAAAAUAGUAGCAAAAAGAAAAAAAAAUAUUUUUGUUUCUGUCUUCCUUUUUUUCAUACAUGAUUGUGCAAUAGGUUUUCCUUAAUUGUGUUUGUUAAAUGCUUGUGAAGGGUUGAGUGUUGGUUGGUUCUACCCACGUAGGGAAGCUUAAAUGAGCAGUCUGUCUUUUAUUGGGGAAUGCAGCUUUUUUCCCCCCUCUUUUUUCUAGACAGUUUUGUGCCGUUUUAUUUUAGCCCCGCCUCCUGCUAAACCCCAGUCUGCUCUGAUUGGCACGCUGGCCCAAUUAGUCUGUUGGAUUGGUCAACGGAUUUCCAAAUGUGUAGGAAAUGUCGACCCCCCCUUUACCAGAAAAGUGCAGAUUCUCAGAUUACAGGUGGGCUGACACCAAACGAGCCCAACUGUGGCAUCGCAGUGGGAGAGAAAUGUGGACCAGUUGCCCAGAGCCAGGCUGCAGGGUUUAGCCAGCUCACAGAAAAACAAGUUUGUGGGCUGGCCGGCUCCACAGAUACUCAUCCAUGUGAGCACUGAAAAAUAGAUUUUUUUAUGGUCACCUUUAAAUCUGCUACAGAUUUUUAUUUUAGAAUCUGCAAGUUGCUCACACUUGUAGAAAUCAGCUCCCUAUAUAUCUAAAAAUAUGCCCGAUUUUUGUUUGUUUUUAUGUUAACAUCCGUGAAUGAUUCCCUGGGUAAUCAUUAAAUCAGUGAUUUAAAAAGUCCUGGGGUUAUUAAUGGGUUCUUUCUUGGCCCCAUGUCCCGUCCAAAUCUGUUCAGUAGUCCCUUGCUUGAUUGUGCGGACAAAAAAAACGAUAAAGCGCUGGCUUUUAGGGGGCUGUGUCCCCAGUUCCAGUCUCUAACACUAAGCCAAGCUCACUGCUGCCAGCUUCAUAUUCACUGGACAGACACGAGCAGUAUCGGGCUUCCCAUUCACUUUUGGCAAGAAAACAACACAGCGUAUUUUUCUCCCCCCAAAAAACUUAUGAACUGCUUCUUUAAGAGUUUGUGAAAGUUGAGACUGAGUUAGUUUUCCUACCUGAACUGGAAAGCGUAAGAGCCAAACACGUGCACAGUUUCCACCUGAAGUCACCAAACGGUCAUCCACUUAGGAGGAGAUCGUCACUUUUGAACCGUAGAACAACUAAGACCAUUUUCGAACGAGACCGCACGUCAAUGUUAAUGCGUUGAUGAAGCCGAGACGGUUAAAUCAAAAACCCUCUUGAUUGCCGAUUUAAAGUUUGCUUCAUAUACAUUUCAAGGGUAGUGUGCGUCUGUGAGCUGCUUCUCCCCGCCUCCGACGGCAUCGAUGCAUUUCAGCGAAUGUGAAUCAGGGAAGUGCUGUGAGUGUGUUCAGUGUGGGUCCACCACCACGCAACAUACGGGCGUGCAAGCAGAACCUGUCGAUGUUUAAUCCAUAUUGUUUUCAUGUCGCGUCACGUGACACAAACCGCACCACCUUUUGUGUUGCUGUCAGAUUGUACAUGUGCAGGUCUCACGCACACACACGCCACAGUUGUGACGCUGCACAAACCUAAAAGCCAACUUUGUCUCUGACACACUCAGAAUGAUUGUAAAAACCUGCGUUUAAAUGUGUGAAUAAAAUGUAACAUCUGCUUUUACAGUUAAA